AUGGAAUUGCAGAACCCCACCCACCUGCUUCUUGUUUCAAGCCCAGGUCUGGGUCAUGUCAUCCCAGUCAUUGAGCUCGCUAAGCGCUUCGUCCUUCACCACAACUUCAAGGUCACUGUCCUCGCCGUCACUUCCCAAACCUCACGCGUCGAAACGCAGAUCCUCAACUCAGUCCUCACACCCUCCCUCUGCCACCUCAUCGAUAUUCCUUCACCAGACCUCACUGGCCUCCUUGCCCAAAACGACCGCAUGGUCACGCGCCUCUGCGUCAUGAUGCGCGAAUCCACACCUGCCAUCAAAUCCAUCAUGUACGAAAUUACGCCUCGCCCCUCGGCGCUCAUCGUGGAUUUUUUCAGCACCGAGGCCAUACCCGCAGCCAGAGAACUCGACAUUCCAAGCUACGUCUUCGUGCCCUCACACGCUUGGUUUCUCGCGCUGCUUCUGUAUUCCCCAUUGCUGCAUGAGAAAAUAGUAGGAGAAUACGUGGACCAGAAGGAACCGCUGAAAAUCCCGGGCUGCAGCGCGGUGCGACCGGAGGACUUGGUAGACCAGAUGCUGGACCGGAGCCACAGAGAGUAUACAGAGUAUCUUGGAAUAGCGAAGAGAAUUCCGCAAAGCGACGGCGUUUUGGUUAACACGUGGGAGGAGCUUCAAGGUGAAGAUCUUGAAGCGCUGAGGGAGGGAGGUUUGUUAAGUGAAGCCCUCAAUAUGAAGCUUCCUGUGUAUGGUGUGGGACCUAUCGUGAGACAACCCGAGUCAGAAACCAGUUCUUUAACCGACUCACUCACGACGUGGCUCGACGAACAACCGAGCAAGUCGGUGGUUUACGUUUCGUUUGGCAGCGGAGGAACGAUGUCGUUUGAGCAGAUGACGGAGCUGGCUUGGGGAUUGGAGCUGAGUGAACGGAGAUUUAUUUGGGUGUUGCGCGCACCUUCCGAAGGAGCUGCGGACGCGGCGUUUUUCACCACUGGGAGUAAUGAGGUUGAUGCGGUGGCGAAUUAUUUGCCGGAAGGGUUUGCUUCGAGGACCAGCAAAGUGGGCCUUUUGGUCCCGGAGUGGGCCCAACAAGUAAAUAUACUUGGUCAUGGUUCUAUUGGAGGAUUUCUUACACACUGCGGGUGGGGUUCAACGUUGGAGAGCGUGACGAACGGUAUUCCGUUGAUCGCAUGGCCGUUGUACGCGGAGCAGAGGAUGAACGCGACGUUGUUGGCGGAGGAGCUGGGCCUGGCGGUGCGGCCGGCGGUGCUGCCGACGAAGAAGGUGGUGCGUAGAGAGGAGAUAUCAGAAAUGGUGAGGAAGGUUAUUGAGGGCGAGGAUAGUGUGAAGAGCAAUCGCAUCCGGAAAAGAGUGAGAGAGGUGCAAGAAGGUGCGAUGAAAGCCAUGUCCAUGGAUGGUUCGUCCUAUUCCGCUCUAUCUCACGUGGCAAAAGCCAUUGAAGGUUAUAGAUAG